GUUUGAAUGCACCCGGCGCUCGUGGCGGUCUCUUUCAAGUGACAUUUUUUUGUUGUAACAUUAGUUUUAUUUGCUCAGCGCGCUCUCCGCGGCUAUAAUUAUCACUUCAUCACGAACGUCUUCACGGCUUGCGGCUGUUUGUUAAGCUUAAACCGAGAGCUUAGUCAAUGAUUAGCUGCACGCUUGCCUAGCACUCAACGGCUCGUAACAACUGUGUUAAAUGUGAUUAGUACUUCAUCAAUAAGUGAUCAUCGAUCGGGGCUUGAUAAUCGGCGCAGAGUUGUAAAUCAAUACUAUUUAGUAUGGUACUAAUCGAGUAGUAUCUUCAACCCAUUUCUUGCGAGAAUAUCUCUUAGUAGUUCGCUCACGCUCAGCUCGACAACUGACCGAAAAGAGACACAAGUUGCUCUGUUUUGCACGACAAACGAAAUUCCGCCAGUCUCUUGCGAGCAGUUGAACCGUCGAGAGCGCGUAACUUUUGCUAACCAAGUCUUGAAACCCGAAGAGAGAGAGAGCACCAAGUGCAAGUGGCGAGGGCGUCAAAGAGCAACAGAAGCUGUCAGUUACGGCAUUGGAUUCCCGAAAUAAACAAGAUCAAAACAAAACUCCGAGAGUACACAUCUGUCAUCGCCGCGCGUUUUGCGUUUAGCUUUGGUGUCUGCGUUGGUCAAAAAUUGCUUGCCCCGAACGGGACAUGAACCUUGAACCUUCAGCGUGGCGUCGGCGAACCCAGUCCAGUAAAGCGGUGGCGAUCUCGGCGUCAGCAUCAGUAUGGUGGUACGUCACUGUCUGCAUAGCUCUCGGCGGCUCGCUCGUUGAAUCCCAGGGACUCCAGGCCAUACCACCCCGACUGUACGUGAAAAACCUCUCGAAGAAUGUAAACCUACUCUGCAAGAGUGACAAACCGAUCGAGGACUGCAGCGUCAAGAUCCCUGGAUACCUGCAGUGGUCCACAGCGGAUGACUCAGGUCUUCCCUCCGGGAUUGGACCUUACGGGGACGGUUGGUCCAAGGGGGAAUGUGGCGUCAGGUUGAUGGUCGUGAAGAGUGCCAAUGAAGGCAAGUUCUUCUGCAAUGUGACGGUCGGUGGGCAGGUCUUCCAGCAGUCGAUCGAUAUCACGUUGACCGUGACUCCGGAACCGACGGAGAUCGAGAUCGGAAAGGACACGGAGAUCAGCAAUGGAGGGUAUCGGGAGAAUCAAACCCUGACGGCGAGGUGCAUCUCGCAGGAUGGUGUUCCGAUGUCGAACCUGAGUUGGUAUUUGGACGAUGAUCUGCUGGACUCAAGUCUUCUUGGGGAGAUCCAGUUGAAGAAUCGUACGGAUAACAAAGGGAAGACGUUGGUCACCGUUGAGCAGGAAUUGCGGUACUUCCUCACAGCGCAAGAUAACGGCAAACGGAUCAUUUGUAGAGCUUCACACUUUGCGAUCGGCAAAGGUUUCUACCGAGCGUUUCUUCCCCUAAACAUUCACUUCGCCCCGCUUCCAACUCCAACCGUGGACAUCCGGGACAGCCCCAACGAGAUGAUCAACGUCACGAUCAAGGCAAAUCCACGACCCUCCACCAGCUGGUACGUCAAAGGUCAAACGAUCGAGGAAGGUCUGACCAAUGGUCCCUACCAGGCGUACAUCCCCAAAGACCUGGGCAACGGCAACUUCCAGGUCAUCCUGAAGAUCAACGAGCCAACGGAGCAGACGGAGCUGAUCGAGCUGCAGGCCACCAACGGGCUGGGUUCGCGGACGUACGUCAUCAAGGGCAGCAAGUACCUCGAGAACGAGAUCCCGGACGACGACGUCGACGACGUAGAUGAAAAGGGCAGAAACGGAGCGGUCUUCUGGCUCAUCAGCAUAUGGACGUUCUGCACCUCUGUGAUAUUUACCUGUCUGUUGCGUUGAGAAAAAAAACCCUUGGCCAAAACUCCUCAAGAGAAAAAACAUAAAUUCCUAUUGAAACUAACAUGCACGAUCGCGCUUUGCGCGAUCAACAGGACUAACAACACAACGCGGCUUGCGGAGGACAAUUCGCUGCUUCCGAUUGGGAAAUCACCCUAAUCAGGCGGGACGAAAUGUCCUCCCCCAGCCGGAACGGAGCAGUAUUAAACGAGUGUGUGUGUGCAGCUGGAGGCUUACGUGUCAGCCAAUAUCUUCAUCAAUUGCGAAGGAUUUCUAUAAUUUUUUUGUUUCUUUUUCUCCCCUCAAAAUUUUCUUGUAGAAUCUAGCAAAGCCAAGUCGAAAUUUAGGUUUAAGCUAUUUAUUUAAACCUGUGUGCAUUUACUAAGCAAUAUUUAAAGUGUGUUCCAAAAAACAGCGAGAGAAAACGUGAGAGAAGAUGUGCCACCAAGUGGCAAACCACGAAACGAUGAAAUGGAGAAGAAGGAGUUUUCUCGACAGAGCGUUGCAGGAGAUGCUAAUAAAACCGUGACAAAGAUUGAA